AUGCAUCGUUCAAUUGUUUUAUUAUUCCUUUGUUCUAUAGUUCUUAUUGAGUUUUCUAACAGUUAUUUAAUAAAAGCAAGGACCUUUGACAGUGUGUCUACAAGGGAUAUUCCAGCAUCACCAUCCCAAGAUGUGAUAGAGAAUAAAUUGGGUGAACCCGAAGUCGUGCCGGAAGUAUUAGCGAGCACUCAUUGCGCAAAAGUGGGCGAAUUUUGCAUGAAUCAUAAGGACUGCUGCUCUAAUGCCUGCUUAGGAUACAUGAAGAGAUGCGUGUCAUCA